AUGAAUCCGGGACGAAUCAGAUCACCCAAUCACAAGAAGCAAAAUUCGGAUUUUCGAGUCUCAGUCGCUCGAGGAUUCGCUUAUGUCGUCGACACUGGCCGCAUGGAUCCCAGGGUUCUAUUUCCAAAACGGAAUCGUCUCUACCGGGCAGCGCGACUAGCAUGGAGUGUGCUUCAGUUCCACGGCAACUGGCUCCGUGAGCAUUGGCGCACUCGCGAUAUUAUAUCCCCCAGGGAACUAGCGGACCGGUCUCUCAAAACCAGACACUUCAGCAUCCCUGUUGUCGCUCCCUUGAUGGAUAUCAUGGCUGCCUUCAAUGGUUUCCUUGUUAUUUCAUUUCGCCUGCUGAGCUUCUGCCCUGUGACCGAACUCACCUUCGCGCCGCACGUCCGAAGACCAGCGAUUGAGGCCAACCAGCACCAAAAGCACACCGUGUCGUCGAAUGCAGUUAGACGAGGUGUGGCACCCUUCGCGUCUGCGACGAGUGCCUCAGCUAACAACGACGGCGUGAGUGCGGGAUUUGUGCAAGACAUCGAACUCGUCGAGUAUCCCGUUCCACGUACCACGGGGCUCCAAGGCAACCUACCCCAAAAACGUAGCCUUCGAGGCGAGAAAACUUCCCCGCAGACCGACCGCAAUCCUUUAGGCCACUCGCACCAGCGCCCUGAAACAGGACCCUUUGGCAGUGAUAAACCAGUCAAACUUCGUUACUGGGUCGAGGCUCUUCGUCGCCGCUCAGCAAACCUUAAAGACCGUGAGGCAACCUCCAAGAUGAAGUUCUCCCACAGCAUCCAGUUCAACGCUGUUCCUGACUGGAGCGCGUAUUAUAUUGCCUACAGCAAUCUCAAGAAACUGAUAUAUACCCUGGAACAACAAGCCCAUCGAUCGAAUGAACAAGCCACUGACGCCGAGUCUGCUCCUCUGCUCAACGAUACGCAAAACCCUGAUAAGCUAUUUCAGCACGCUCUUGAUGUAGAGUUGGAUAAGAUAUGCGCUUUCUACCGGUCGAAAGAAAGAGAAAUCUAUGAAGACGUUGAUAAUGUUAUGAAAGAUGCGGAGGAAUACACGGCUAAGGCCGACGGGGCCGAGAUGAAUCCCAUGCAGGACAGCAUGCACAAAGGAAGGAGAGUGAGCACUGGAUCCAUUCAAGACCAUUCUGCCGAGUUUGGUCUAGGUAGGCGCCAAAGCAUGGGAAGCGAACCAGCUGCCGACGACGACGAAGAUAGCGAUGACGAGCAUCCUACGACACGCCCUACACUAGGCCAGUCACGGAGCGCCUACCCUGGCCCUCCUGAUGAUAACCGUACAGAGGAUAUGAGGAGUUCAAUUUGGACAGAUUCUAGGUAUGCUCCAAACAGCCAGGCGGUCGUUCGGCGAGGCAACCAGAAUGAGCACCUCACCGAUCCCGCGCUCCUGGACCUUUACAACUCGGCUGCUUCCCUUAAAAAACGGAUUAUCGCAGUCUAUGUCGCUCUCUGCGGACUUAAGUCCUAUGUCCAGCUUAACAAGACUGGAUUUUCCAAAGCUUUGAAGAAGUACGACAAGAUCAUCGACCGCAAUCUCCGUCGAGAGUACAUAAACUCAAGUGUAUCCCCAGCUUACCCUUUUCUGUCCUCAACUAUGGAAAAUAUCGAGGGUUUUAUUCGUCAGAUCGAGACUUUAUAUGCGGAGUUGACCACAAACGGUGAUCUUUCUCUGGCCAGACGCGAGCUUCGUUUGCAUCUGAGAGAGCAUGUCGUAUGGGAGCGGAAUACGGUGUGGAGAGAGAUGAUUGGCAUUGAAAGAAAAGCUCAAGCUGCCAACGUUGGUCUUCGCCAGACACUCCUUGGAGGAGACGCAGACCCGGCAUUGGCGCGCCGACAGGGUGACGAACAGGUGGCUCAGAGCAAGCAGCUUCGGACACCUUUCGGGGUCAUUAGUGCUCCGACAUGGCUAUGGAGCGCAAACUUUGCGACCCUUAUCGUCGUCCUAGUUGUCUUUUCUGUGUUACUCUCUGUUCCGAUCAUGGAGAAGCCGGAGCAGCAGAAUUGCCUGGCGAUGCUCGUUUUUGUGAGCUUAUUAUGGGCUACAGAGGUGAUCCCACUCUUUGUGACGUCUCUCUUUAUUCCAUUCCUUGUCGUACUGCUCGGUAUCAUGAAAUCAGACGAGAAGCCAUAUAAACGGUUAGGACCUAAAGAAGCCACUAGCGUUGCCUUUGGCGCCAUGUGGACCCCUGUGAUUAUGCUGCUUCUAGGCGGUUUCACUAUAGCUGCAGCACUGUCUAAGUACGACAUUGCUCGGCGAAUGGCGUUGUUUGUAUUGAGCAAAGCCGGCUCUAACCAUCGCAUUGUACUACUUACCAAUAUGUUCGUGAGCAUGUUCCUUAGUAUGUGGAUUAGCAAUGUCGCCUCUCCGGUUCUCUGCUAUUCGAUCAUCCAGCCUUUGUUACGGAAUCUUUCGCCUGAUUCCAGCUUUGCCAAAGCUUUGGUUCUUGGAAUUGCUCUUGCUGCAAAUGUCGGCGGCGCAGCAUCGCCGAUCGCCUCCCCGCAGAACAUCAUUGCUCUUCAAAACAUGUACCCCAGCAUCAGCUGGGGCACUUGGUUCUUCAUCUCACUUCCGGUCUGCAUAAUCUCGAUCUUGUUGAUUUGGGUGCUGCUUCUGGUCACCUUCCAACCUGGUCGAGAUACCACCAUUGUACCCAUCCGGCCGCUAAAGGAUAAAUUUACCGGCAUUCAGUACUUUAUUAGUAUCGUCACAUUGACUACGAUUGGCUUGUGGUGUGCCAGUCAUCAGCUGGAGCAUAUAUUCGGGGACAUGGGUGUAAUUGCCAUCAUCCCUAUUGUCCUAUUUUUUGGCACUGGAAUCCUAAACAAGGAGGACUUCAACAACUUUCUUUGGACCAUCAUAAUUCUCGCCGCUGGUGGACUUUGCCUUGGAAAGGCUGUGACAUCUUCUGGGCUGCUGCAUACCAUUGCAGAGGACAUUCGGUCACGGGUCGAGCACUUCAGCCUAUAUGGAGUGUUGAUUGUGUUUUCGGCACUAAUCCUGGUGAUUGCCACGUUCAUCUCGCACACCGUCGCAGCCCUGAUCAUCCUCCCUCUCGUUCGACAAAUCGGUCUUAGCAUGGACGACCCACACCCCAAUUUGUUGGUGAUGGCUAGCGCAUUGAUGUGUUCAGUGGCCAUGGCUUUGCCAACUAGUGGCUUCCCCAAUAUGACCGCCAUUAUGACGGAGGUGCCGCAGACCGGUCAGCGCUACUUGCAAGUACGGCACUUUUUCACGCGGGGCAUCCCCGCCAGUCUGAUGUCAUUUGUGGUGAUAGUCACACUUGGAUAUGGUCUGAUGCGUGUAGCCGGUCUAUAG